AUGGCCUGCCAAGAGAGUGAGUACCUGGAUGAGCAUGGGCAAUGUACCCCCUGCAUCAACUGCAAGCCUGGACUGGAGCUUUCCAAGGACUGCGGCGAUGGCAGCGGGGGGGACGCGCAGUGUGUCCCCUGCCCUCCCAGGAAGUUCAAGGACAGUUGGGGCCACCACGGCUGCAAGCCCUGCCUGUCCUGCGCCCUCAUCAACCGUGUCCAGAAGUCCAACUGCACGGCAACGACCAACGCUAUCUGUGGGGAGUGCCUGCCAGGGUUCUACCGGAAGGCGCGGAUCAGCGGGCAGCUGGACUGGGAGUGCAUCCCUUGCACCAAGCAGACCCCCACCUCUGAGCCUCAGUGUCGAUCCAGAGUAAACCUGGUGAAGGUAGCCAUCCCCACUGUACCACCGCAGGGCACAGCCCUUCUUGCCCUGACCAGCAGUGCCCUGGUCAUCAUCGUACUGGUGCUUCUGGCCCUCUCCAUCAUCUACUGCAAGCGGUUUUGGAAGAGCCAGUGCCAGCGAGUCUUCCUGAGGACUCAGAACUUCUCAGGCCAGCGAGCAACGUUCCCAACCACGGCGGCACCUGGCAGAUUCCUGUGUGAGGAGCAGAUGUCUAGUCCCUGCUGCCUGGGUAUGAAGAACUGCUACAGGCAGGCAGAAGGCCCCAUGGAAGCAGCGCAGUACAUUUCGGAGGGUGAAGCCGUGGGUCUCCAGCUUCCCUCCCUCCAGCUGGAGAUGGAAAUACCCCCAGCUGUGGCAGUUGGCACUGCCUCCAAAGCCCAGCUGGGCAGGAGCCUCCUGGAAAGCCAGCCCCUCAUCCGUGCUUCGGGCUGCAGCGACUGCCUGGCGGGGGUCCUGCCACCUGCAGCCCCCUGGCAGGGCCAGCCAGAGGCUCCUGCCCCCCUCUCCUCCUGCGCCUCCGAGAUGCAGCACAAGUGGCCUCACGCCCCGGUGGAGUGCACCGAGCUGGACCUCCAGAAGUUCUCCACUCAGGCAGACUUUGUGGGCAGCGAGCGGCCGGAGGAGGCGGCGCCGAGGGUCCUGGGGGAGAGCGGGGGCAGUGGGCGGGAGGGGGCCCUGCGCCCACCCCCCACCUUCCCCAACCCCACUGCUGAAAGCGGGGAGCAGCCGGUGGAUGAUGCCCAGAGCCUUGUGACUCAGAUCAGCAGCACGGCCAAGGGUCUCCCAGUAGCAGAACUGCCCCAUUCCUUGGUGCAGUCACUUGCCUUCUUGUUGGACCCUUCCGUGAAUGGUGUGAAGAACUUCAGCCAUGUGGCACUGGAGCUGGGGGUCACGCCCCAGCUGCUGGGACGGAUCUCUGGAUUUGAGCAGCUCGUUGCUCACUUCACCUACUCAGGGGCCAUGGUCACCAUCCCCCUCCUGGCACAGGCUCUGCAGCGGCUCCAGCGCUUCGAUGCUCUGCUCCUGCUCUGUGACCACCUGCUGCUCAGCCAGGCCCAGGGCCACCAGCACUAG